AUGACCAUGUCACAGCACGCCAUCGAGGCCAAUCUUCUCCUUUUAACGGCAAGGCACGGCUCGAUUCUUGUGAUGGUCGACUCCCUCAGCAAGAUGGCCCAUUUCGUUCCUGCGAAGAAGUUCUUCACAGCAGUAUGCACCGUGGAGCUUCUCGCAGACCGCCUUAUCCGCUAUCACGGCUUUCCAGAGGGGCUCAUAUCGGACCGAGACUCCCGUUUCCCCUGGGAUCUCUGGCAACAGCUCUGUAGCCGUUUUAACAUGAAACGCGCCGUGUCCUCAUCCUCCCUUCUCCAGAGCGACGCUCAAACUGAAAGGGUUAACCGCGCACUGGAGAAGACGCUUUGUACCUACAUCUGA